CGGUAAGAAGCAGAAGAUUCCAAAAUCCACGAAUUCACUUUUUAUUAAUUGAAUGCAGCAAAACACAAACGCGGAACGCCAGGAGUUGAUUAGUAAAAGUGAAUUACAAAUAAUUUCGGAUAUAACAAAACGUAAUAGAAAAUACCGCGUUAUAAAAGUGCCCUGUUUUUACGAACUAAUAUCGCAUUUUAUAAAUAUUUUUAAGUGGAACAACCACGUUGUAAAAAUUAAUUAAUUAAAACAUAAUAACAUCAACAAAAUGGCUCGAGGACAUCAAAAAAUUCAGUCGCAAGCAAAGGCUCAAGAAAAACAAGCCAAAAUGAAAAAGCAACAGGGCCACAGUGCCACCGAUCAAAAGAAGGCAGCACAAAAAGCGCUCGUUCAUGUAUGCGCUGUUUGUAAGUCUCAAAUGCCCGAUCCAAAAACGUACAAACAACAUUUUGAAAAUAAGCACCCCAAAAAUGAUAUGCCACCAGAAUUAAAAGAUGUGUAAGAAGAGUUAUGCUAGUGUAAUUGUUUACGCUGCAGAUAUUCCACUUGCAGCGUAGUAAUUACGCAUCGCUGAUGGAAUAUUAAGUUAUUGUUGAAGCAGACAGAUGAUGAAUUCUUGCGAUUACAAUGCUGAUCUUUCAUUUUAUUUAUUAAAUCGUGAUUUUUCGGGGGGAAAAACACAAGCGGAAAGUUUUCUUUACUGUUUAAAAAAAAAAAAGCUAAUAAAAUGUGACCAAAACGAAAAAGAAAUCCAAUGUAAAAAUCUUGUAAAAGUACUAUAUGAAGUGGUUUGCUACUGCCGUGCGCUGCUUUGCUUCCGAUGGCUUCAAAUACGAAAACACAAAUUUAUAGUUGUUAACAUUUUUUAAGCAGUUUGAUUAUAUUCUCUUUAUAAUAAUACAAUAUACAUACAUAUAUUACUUACCUACUAAUUUUUUUUUUUGGCAUAACAAGAUAAAUUCUUACAUAUAAGCGUAAUAUUUGCAACGGAUUUUUACAAAGCGCAAUUACAAAUGAACCUUACAUCCCAUUUGUUUAAAGCAUAGUAAAUGAUUAUAACAUAUACAAGUAAAUGAAAACCAAUAUUUAGUAUUGUCUCAAACAAGCAUGCAUAUAUACAUACACACAUUUUUGUAAUGUAAGUUGCAUAUCAAUACGAUACUGCAUCAAUACCUAUAUUGGCUCAUAUUCUCCUCUUGUGUAAAUUUGCCUAUGUAUUUUUAACGUAGAAAAAUUAUGUUGUAAUUGAUAUAUGAUGAAAUUCAAUAAAUAUCAUUUUAAAGAAAAAU